UUUGAAAGCGUCUACUGUUAUGGGAAUGACAACAACAGGGGCAGCGAAGUACAGAAAAAUACUUCAGAGGGUAAAACCACAGAUAAUAAUUGUCGAAGAGGCAGCGGAAAUUCUUGAAUCACACAUAGUAACUACUCUGGGUGACAGUUGUAAGCAUUUGAUACUGAUUGGCGACCACAAACAACUACGUCCUUCUACGACAGUAUAUGAACUUGCCAAAAAAUAUGAAAUGGACAUAUCUUUAUUUGAGAGGAUGGUUAGAAAUGGGGUUCCGUGUAUAACUCUUGAAGAGCAGCAUUGCAUGCGCCCAGAGAUAUCAAAAUUAUUGCGUCGUGAAAAGCUUUACCCGACGUUACGCGACCACGAAACUGUAUUGAGGUAUGAUAAAGUAAAAGGUGUUGAUGUAAAUAUACAAUUUAUUACCCAUGAAGAGGAAGAAUAUUUCUCAGGAGAUUCGACAAGUUACUUAAAUCCACAUGAAGCUAGAUACAUUUCCGCUCUGUGUAGAUAUUUUCUAAAUCAAGGUUAUCCAAAGGAAAAUAUAACUAUACUUACUCCAUAUAUGGGACAAGUGUUGUUACUGCGCAAUGAAAUGCCAAAAUCAGUUUUUGAUGGGGUAAGAAUAACAGCUGUGGAUAAUUUCCAGGGUGAGGAAAAUGACAUAAUUGUGCUGUCGCUUGUUCGAAGCAGUUUGGAAAUCAAUGUCAGUAAGAGAAACCCGAUCGGAUUUGUGGGUAUUGAAAAUCGGAUAUGCGUUGCGCUAUCGAGGGCUAAAUAUGGUCUUUUUGUUCUUGGAAAUUUCAAACUGCUUGAAAGAAGCAGUCAACUAUGGAAGGAAAUAAUCGUAGAGUUGAGAAAAGCAAAUUUGGUCAAGCCAUAUUUAACACUAAGAUGUGAAAAUCAUCCAGAAAUGUAUACAUAUGCCUCAACUGCACACGAUUUUGAAAACGUUCCUAUUGGUGGAUGCAACAAGCCGUGUGGAAAAUACCUACCCUGUGGACACAUCUGCCCAAGGUCUUGUCAUGUUGUUGACAUACUACACGAACAUGUAACAUGUUACAGGCCAUGUAAGAAAAUCAACCCGAACUGCACAUUAGGACAUCAAUGUACAAAAAAAUGUCAUCAGAAGUGUGGAGAUUGUAAAAUUGUGGUUGUGAAAGUUAUUCCGAUGUGUCGUCAUUUGGCAGAACUUCCGUGUCAUUUGGACCCGUUCACGGGAUUUGCAAUGCAGUCUGUGAAGUAAUUUUGCCUUGUGGUCACUCUUGUGAUCAGAUAUGCAAUACGUGUAAUUCACAUGCACA